AUUCGUGGUAGGCUUUUUGGACAUGGCAGAUACUUCUGACCGCAAGUUGUUGAAAGACUUGCUGGCCGAGCAGCUGCCCAAGGACGUGCCAUUUACCUUCUACCAUUACUCGACACCACCCUCUAAGUCUCCUGCCCUCUUCUCCGCGCCGCCGCACGGCAAGUCAGAACGAACGUACUGCGAAUCACAUUUCCUCUCUGCGACAAUUACACCGAAGGAUGCACCAGACCCGCGACUACCCGCAGAGUUGCUCGUUCUUGCCAUCGAAGUCUUGAUCUACACAACAAAGCGUCUCACGACCAUCUUCGUCUCCAAGGCCGACUCGACAGGGUAUCUCUCGGAGCUACAUCUGCCACGAUCACAAAGCGGGUCACCACUGAAGUCAAUAUGCGGCACUUUCGUAUCAUGGCUGGCGAGAGAAAGGCAGAGAGAAGCGAAGAAGCUGGUCAUAUCACUAUUCGCAAGAGCCCAGGACCAGUACCUCUUCCCUGCCAGCAUCGACAACAAGAACAAGCACGUGCUUGAUGACCGAGGGCUUGUGAAGUGGUGGUGCAAGGUUUUGGACCCAAUAAUAUGGGAGUAUCAGGCUGAGGAGCGCAAGCCCUUCCGGGAUAAGCUGGCUGAGAGCGAGAGCGAGAGCAGUGGAACCUCAUCCCAAUCUGCGACUACUGCCAAAGGCUACCUCGUCAUCCCAGGCUACGAGCCUUACGACACACUUCGAUACGUGCCUCCCUCACCCGCGCCAAGCACCCCUCGACGAUGGGCUGCCGCACACCCACUCCUGCAGAUUGCGCCCCACCCAGCUGCACCACCACGUUGCCUCGUACCACACUUCCCAGACGACCCAAAGGCGCGUUUCCUCGAUGAGCUUGAUGAAGAACUCCCUGAUCGCGGCGAAGGGGUGAUAGCAGAUGGAGGCACACCAUCACGAGGCAACGGCAUGUGGAAGAGCGUAAAGACACUCGAUCAGUUCUGGGACUUCAUGGCCUUCCGCCAGGAGUGCUCAUCCGGCCGCAUAGUAGGCUUCAUAUGGGUCGUCCUGACACCACCCAAAGACCUGACCCCCGAAGAAGACGAGGACACGCCAUCCCAGCUCUCUCAGCUCUCCCAACAAUCAGCACUCGACUCCCAAGAAAGCCUCCCUACUCCACGAAAGAAGAAAUCCACCACCAACAAGCGUCGAACAAAAUCAGGCAAGAGAUACGGCCCAAUACCCCUCAUCCUCCCACGCAUCAAAACCAGCUCCUCAAACCUCUCAACCACAUCCACAACCUCCACAGCCUCAGCUUCAAAAGUCCCAGAGAACAGUCCGUACUUCACAUGGCCAUCCUCUUCCCGCGGCACAAUCUGCUUCAGCACCAAGAACUACAACCGCGCGCACGAAGUCCUCAUCCACUCGUCAUUCGCUACCCGCACUGCUACGGCGCGAAGUACGCAGCAGUUCAAGAAGGAGGUUGCGGUGCUGGGCGGUGUUGCUGAGUGGGGAUGGACUGUAGUGGGGAAGAAGGAAGUUGAUAUGUCGGCGGCUAGUGAGGUGAAGAGUGUGACGCCGGUCACUGUGAUGGGUGUGAGGAAGAAGAGGAAAGAUGGAGAUGCACCAGGGGCGAGCGAGGCGAAUGGAGCUCAGACGCUGGAUGCUGGGCUAGUGAGGAAGAAGGCGAAGGUUGAACCUACGCCUGCGGCACCUGCAGAUGGGGCGAAUGGGGUGCAGGUGCUUGGUGCUGGGUUGGUGAGGAGGAAGCCCAAGUCUUGAUCGCAUUUCGGAUGCUCCGGCUGACAUAGGCUUUAUAUUCGAACAUUGUAUUAGUAGCACGGACUCGAUUUGGAUGAUACACCAGGGGUAUGACUUUCUCUCACACAACCGAGAUUGAUGAAAAGGUAGCGAAUG